AUGAAGUGUGCGUUCGAUGUUAUCGGUUCGCACUACGACACGACUUCAAUCAUCUGGCGAUGCAUGGGCGCGAAAAUCGGGAAGCGCGUGUACUGGCCCGGGUCGGGGGUAUACUAUCCGGAUCCAGAGCUUCUCGAAGUUGGCGACGACGUCGUAUUCGGGUCCCGGUCCGAAGCGUUCACUACGGACGCCCAUGGCUCGGGCAGGAUCGUCGUGAAGUCGGGUGCCAUGAUCGCUGACCGUGUCGUCCUCCUUGCUGGUGUGUCCGUGGGCAAACGUGCAAUCAUGGGCUCCGGCGCGCUCGCAAAGAGGGAUAUGACAUACGCGGACGGCACCGUCUGGAUGGGGUCAGAGGGCGGUGAAGCGUCCGACGAUUACGCCCUUCGGUCGCGCUUUCUACAAGCGCGCCUUGUUAGCAUCCACACCCUCCUCGCCAUCAUCGGCGCAGGAUAUUGGUCGAUCGCCGCCGUCGUCGGCACCCAGGUCCUCAACCAGCUUCGUAUACAUCUUCCUCGGCUAGACCUCCUCGCCUCGGGCCCUCAGCAAACCUUUGUCAUAUUUGGCCUGAUAGCAUGCUGGUUUAUCUUGACCCUUGUUCUCCAGGCGGUCGUUGUCAUCCUCUGGGUCGUCGUCAUGAAGUGGAUCGUCAUUGGUCGCCGGGCUCCCGGUAGCUACGACUGGGACAAAGGUUCGUACUGCCAGCGCUGGCAACUCCAUCUCGUCCUCGCGAAGCCUCUAUAG